AUGACUUCACCCGCGGUUUGCUCUGUGCUUCACAUUCUGGAUGGAAACAUGAAGAAACUCCUCUCUAGAGACUGGCGCGGUGACAUCUCUCCUGCGUGCAUCGAUCGCUUCGUCGCGAGGGUAUGGCAAACCCUAUACGCAGAGUCUGAGUCCGAGCUUAAACCUGUGAUGUACGAUUCUGAUGCGGAGGUAUCGUACGUUUAUAUCACGCACAACAACCUGUACUUGCUAGCGAUCACGAAGAGCAAUUGUAAUGCAGCUGCAUUGCUCACAUUUUUACACCGUUUGGUUGACAUCUUCAGACACUACUUCAAGACCCUCGAGGAGUCCAUUCGUGACAAUUUUGUCAUAAUCUACGAGCUCUUAGAUGAGGUAAUGGACAACGGAUACCCGCAGUUUACAGAGGCGAAAAUCCUGAGCGAGUUCAUAACCGUCGGCGCGCAUCAGCUCAUAGCCCCUAAAGCCCCCAUGGCGGUCACGAACGCCGUAUCGUGGAGAAGUGAAGGCAUACGGUAUCAAAAAAAUGAAGUCUUCCUUGAUGUGGUCGAAUCCUUGAACAUCGUAGUAAACGCGGCGGGACAGGUUGUGAACUCGGAAACCUUCGGCGCAUUACGACUGCGGGCAUACCUCAGUGGUAUGCCAGAGUGCAAACUCGGCCUUAACGAUAAAAUCAUGUUGCACGCGCAGAACCGGAGUACAAAGGGAAAGAGUGUUGAGCUCGAUGAUAUUAAAUUUCAUCAAUGUGUUCGCCUGGCUCGGUUUGAGAACGAUCGAACGAUCUCUUUCAUCCCGCCGGAUGGGCACUUCGACCUCAUGAACUAUCGCAUAUCGACUGCGAACGUGAAACCGCUGAUAUGGAUUGAAGCCUCUGUGAAUCGACCUUCCAGGUCCAGGGUUGAAUACGUUGUGAAGGUUCGCACGCACUUCAAAUCUAGGCUACAAGCCACAGGCGUGGAGAUAAAACUACCAGUUUCAUCAGAUGCGACAUCGCCGGAGGUAAACACAGGUUUAGGAAGCGUGGCAUAUGUCCCGGAGCAAGAGGCAAUGCUGUGGAAGAUAAAGAGCGUGCAGGGUGGGAAGGAAAUCAUGAUGCGUGCGAAAUUUUCCCUUCCCUCAGUGUCUGCUCUAGAGGAUGAUGGCCCAGUGCAGAAGAAGCCCCCGAUCACGUGCAAGUUUGAGAUUCCAUACUACACCGUAUCAGGGGUGCAGGUCAGGUAUUUAAAAGUGUUAGAGAGGAGCGGGUAUCAGGCAUUACCGUGGGUAAGGUACAUCACAAAGAGUGGGAACUACGAGUUCAGGUUGGAUCAUGGUUACUGA